UGGAUGAUGUCUUUAAUGCCAUUGUUGAAGGAUGGGAAGAGACACCCCUCAUUGAACAAGCAAGAAGAGAGGAGAGGUAUCACCUUCUAUCUUGAGAGCUUCAGCUGGUAUCUGUGCCCAACAUCCAUUGAUGGCUUACAAGAUGAAAGGGGUCUUCAAGGGCCUGAGGGUUAUUACUCAAAUCUUUGUGGUGAAGGAGCAAGAAAUGGAGAUUGGUUAUCCCAUAGACGUGAAGCAUGUCGCGCAUAUCGGUUGGGAUAGCCCGACAGGGAGUGCUGCUACUUCUCCUACUCCUAGCUGGAUGAACGACAUGAAGGGUACACCAGACAUUUCAACGUUGAGCAAUUCCGGACCAUCUACAGGAACCUCCUGGAGUUCUCAAGAUUUUGACCAUCCUCGAGAUAUAUCAGCCUAUGGUAUAAUUCCAGAAAAUAGUAGUCCGGGAGCAACACCCUACCCUGACAUACCAAAGCCACCCCGAAGGCCUAGAAGAAAGAAAUCUUCCAAGAACAGUUCUCCAACGGCAUCGACGAGAUCAUCAAGGUCAUCAAGAUCAAGAUCUAAGGGUUCACUUUCAUCCACUACUCCUGACACCAUUGGUGCCAAUGAUACUCAACGUGAAAUCCAGAUUUUGUAGGCUAUCAUGUUCUGUACCUCCAUUCUCAGGAUUUUACCUGUAUUUAAAAACGAAUUUUGCAUAGGAAAUAGGAAUACAAACGUUAUUCUUUUAUUGUUUAAAGUUUAGCUGAAAGGAAAACAAUGGUAAAGUUAGGAAGGAUGUCAAGAAGGGUUCUAAU